UCGGGACCUUAGGGAGUUCGGUCCGGUCUAGGGUGGGAAAACCCUGGACCGAAUAGGUCUGGUCCGGUCCGUAAAACCUCCCUGGACCGGACCGGACCGAACUCACCCCUAGUUGGCUCACUAGACAUAUAAUGCCUGUCUCAUGGUUCUUAGGAACCGACAGGAGUAUGGUAUUAAUUAUGAAGAAACAUUUGCACCUGUUGCCAAAAUGACUACUGUACGGACUAUCUUGGCACUUGCUGCAUCAUAAGGGUGGUCUCUCUAGCAGAUGGAUGUGAAGAAUGCUUUUCUACAUGGGGAUUUGAAGGAAGAAAUCUAUAUGUCCCCACCUCCCGGCAUGUUCGCUACACUUUUCUCAGAGGUUUGUCAGCUACGCCGAUCCUUAUAUGGAUUGAAACAGGCUCUGCGUGCAUGGUUUGACAAAUUUCCCUCUAACCUGCUUACUUUUCAUUUUACUUAGAGUCAAUUUGAUUCUUCUCUUUUUCUUCGUAAGACUUCUGUAGGAAUCGUAUUGCUUCUUGUAUAUGUUGAUGAUAUUGUGAUUACUGGCUCUGAUAUUGAGUUAAUUAAGCAAUUACAACAACAUCUCAAUGCCUCUUUUCAUAUGAAAGAUCUUGGUCCUCUGCAGUACUUUCUUGGCCUUGAGGUGCAUCUUACUCCAACUGGUACAUUGUUACACUAGCACAAAUACACGUAAGAUGUUAUUUCAUUGGGUGGUCUCCAAUCGGGUAACUCUAUUUUUACUCCCUUGGAGAUAAAUUUUAAGCUUCGUCAGGAAGAAGGGGAACUUCUAUCAGAUCCAUCUUUGUAUCGGAAGCUUGUUGGUAGUUUGAACUAUUUGACGAUUACUUGUCCUGACAUUUCGUUUGCCGUGUAGCAAGUCAGUCAAUUUAUGCAGGCUCCUCGACAUCUUCAUUUAGCUUCUGUUCGUCGCAUUAUCUGAUAUUUGAAGGGGACCACUACAUGCGGAUUGUUCUUUCCUAAAGAAUAAUCCUCCUUACAGUUGGUGGGGUAUAGUGAUGUUGAUUGGUCCGGAUGUGCGGAUACUCGCCAUCCUGUUAUUGGCUGGUGCAUGUUCUUAGGCAAUGCACUCAUUUCUUAGAAGAGUAAGAAGCAAGACAGAGUUUCCAAGCCCUCUACUGAGUCUAAGUAUCGUGCUAUGUCUUCUGCAUGCUCUGAGAUGACAUGGCUUCGUGGGUUAUUGGGGGAACUUGGUUUUCCUCAGCUGCAUCCCACUCCUCUUCAUGCUGAUAAUACUAGGUGCUAUUCAAAUUGCCGAUAAUCUUGUCUUCCAUGAGUGUACGAAACAUAUUGAAGUUGAUUGCUAUUCAUUUGUGAAUCCUUUGACAAACAUAUGAUUACUCUCCCUCACAUUUCCACUAAACGCCAAACUGCAAACAUAUUCAUUGAAGCUUUUUCUCAGCAUCGGCAUCAGUUCUUGGUUGACAACUUGAUGCUUAUUGAUCCACCAGCAUCAAUUUGAGGGGGGAUGUUACAAAGAUAAGGUGGUUGUACCAUUGACUUAACAUGUAAAAUAGGUGGCUGUACCAUUGACUUAACAUGUAAAAUGGGUGGCUGUACCAUUGACUUAACGUGUAAAAUGGGUGGCUGUAAAUGGACUUUUAGGCCUUUCUAUUUCUAGAUGGAAUGGCAGAGAAAUAGGUGGUUGUACCAUUGACUUAAUGUGUAUAUACUCAAUGUGUACAGUGUAAACAGCAGCAAUCAACUGCUGAAAUCGUGCUGAACAUGCUGGCUCUUUGUUGUAACUCUAUUCUAUAUAAAUGAAAGAAAUCAAUGGAAAGAGGUAUUCAGACCUUUUGACACAACUAACUUCUAACACUAAUCUAAAAUCACUUAUAGACUAUCAAGUAACAUGUUACAACAAAUGUAAAAGCCCAAUACACAUGGAGUAGUGUGCAUGAACGUCUUUUUUCAGCUUCACGUACAACAAGCACCAACUCCUUAAGAAACUCCGCAUUUCUAUUGGAUAGCACCAACUCAAAUCUCAUCCGCUCUCUUAUGAAGAUUAAUCUCCCUCUUUUCGAUAUCGUUGAGUAUCUUCUUUAGCCCUUUCUCAUUUCUUAAUGGUUUAUUGUGAGUUUCUCAAAGAUCCGACAUUCUAUAUCAAUCCCCCUUUGCCCACUUGAAAUCCUUGUAGUAUGGUAAUCCCUGGGAUUUUAUACAUAUUUUGGAAAAAUAUUAGUGCACAUAAUAUUAAUAAUUUAACUAAACAUGAAUUUAGUUACCUCUGUGUUGUACUUUGGAUAACCUAAGAAUGGUUGUCCAGGAUUUCUUGAAAUAUUUGAGUAUCUCAGUUGGGCUUCAACCUCACAGAAAUAGAAUAGUUGACCCAGAGUUCAUUUAGCAAAAGAUGAAGAAGACAUCGUCAUGGAUGAUGGCAUAUUCUUAUAUUAAUCCGCACAUAUUCUUAUAUUAAUCAAAUACCCCGAUGAACUGUCAUUUUAAUUGCUUGCUACCAUAAAUGUUCACUUUCAUGAAAUAGGAACAUAUAGCCUAAAGACAUUAAUAAAACUUUACAGAUAAUAGGAAGGAGCCAUGAUAAUAAUUGAAAAGACAAAAACCAUCAUUUCAAUUGGUCAAGUUUGAUGCUCUUUACUUUCUUUUAUUUUUGUUUACAAUAAGGGGAUUGUAUCUUCCCCCACCACUCCACACUUGAUGAUAAAUGAAAAUGCAAAGUGACCCAUAGGCAAUUGACAUGAUGCCAUUUUUCCCAAAGUAGUCAAAUAAAAGACUACAUGCACAAGAUAAGUACAAGAUCUACCAUAACACAACUAUAUUUAUUUUGUGACUGACCCACUAAAAGUAGAGGUAGCAAUUCCAUUGCAAACAAGUAAUUUUGAGUUUCGAUGAACUGGUAAUUAGUGGCUCAUCUUGGAUGAUUCAGCUAUGAGAGAUGGACAACAUUAAACACUUGUGCAAGUCUACAAAUGCUUGUAAAAAGGGAAGCUCAAAAUAGACUCAUUGACAUAUAAGUCUAAAUGUGACACUAUGAAAAGUGAAAGCUCUUUGAGGCAUUUCAUCGAAUACUUCUUAUGCACUCUGUUUAUUGCUUUCCUCUUCACGCAUCAACAAAUAUUUUCGACAAUUUAAACUAGAUUUAGAUUGAACAUAAAACAUAUCAAUAACAUAUUUCCUCAAUUUCAUGCAGGCCCAAAUGCCAUUAUUUAGAUUUAGGGUUAGGGUUGGUUUCCAAAUUUCGAAAUCAGGUGCAAUUUUGAAUUGGUGAUUUUGGGAAUUUUGAAAUGGUGGGUUGAAGAAACACUACAAAUGGGAGAUUUCAAUUCGGUUUAGGGCAUGCGUAGAAACACUACCAAUCAUUGGUUGAAGAAACACUACCAAUGGGGCACGGCUCGGUCGGAAAAUAGCAAAGACGAAGAAGAUGCAAACCAGUAGAUGAGAAGAACCUGUCAUUGUGUUUUGUCUUCAUGGAUGUGGGGAAGCUUGCUCCCGAAGCCGAAUUUGCAUUUCAGAUGAGAAGAAGAUGCAAAGAAGAAGAUGAGAAGAAGAAGAUGCGAGGUAACUGAUCUUCAUGUUUCGUCUUCGUGGUUCUCUAUGGGGAAGCUUGUUCCCAAACCCGAAUCUAAUCUAUGGGUUCUCGAAGCUUGCUGCGUUUCAACCUAGCUGAAUUUGAACGAAACGUCCCGUUUCAUUUUUACACAUGGAUGGAUGUGCAUGCAGUAAUUCCUCAACCCCUGGUGCGAGUAGAGUUUUUGUAUCACUAAACUCCCAGCCCCAUCCCAGUUUGAUCGUCAUACCUCUCACUUCUAGACUCCAAACCCUAAUCUCUCCUCCUCUCUCGCCCUUCUCUUACCGGAACUCGCCGAAAUCACCGUUUAGCAUAGUGUUUUUUGCCCAUUGACUUCGCCAGGUUCUCCAACAUGCAGGUUCUCCAACAAGUAGCAUAUCCAAGUUAAGAAAGGUAUCCUUUUUUUUUUUAUAAGUAGUUAAGAAAGGUAUCCUUUUGCUCAAAAUUCACAUUUUCAUCUUCUUUGCUUGUAUGGUUUCUCUGGAACAGUCCGUAGAAUUCUAGCAAAUGGUUUGCAAAUGGUUGCUAGUCUAUGCCUUGAGAGAUGGAAUGUCAUCUUUAGAUUUUUCAAGCAUGGUAAAGGCAGGGUAGGUUUAUCUUAAUCGAAUUGUGAACUGGGUCUUUCUUUGGGUCUAUUUUAAAGUGGCUAGCUCCUAAUAGAUUCUGAUUCCCUAGGAUUUUAGGUAUAGGGUUUGUUUGUUUCAGUGGCUUUUACAUUCAAAAUUGUGGUGGUUUCUUUUUUCAUUGUUCUCUUUUCUCUUCUUGGCUAUUUCCAAUUUUUGUGAAUCUAGAGCUCCUUUGCUGUAGAGUAACUUUGCUUUUGUGAAUGCUAAAUCAAGGUGGGAAAAUAUUGCAAUAUAGUUGGAAUUUAUGAAUUUUUCUCGUUUUUGUUUUAAACUUCUAAUUUUCGUUAUUUUUGCUGUUGAUGUUAUGAUUUUCUGCCAAAAAAAAAAAAAAAACCCUUAUGGUACUUCUCUUUUGGUGAUUGUCAUUUUAGCUUUGUUUGAAAUGGUUGGCAAUGUUUUCCUUUUAUAUGUAUACAUUAUACAACAUUUGCUAGAACUGUACAAAAGUUUCACAAUCUUUUUAUAUGCCACCUAUUGUCAGAAGCCUUCAUAAAUAUUAAUACCUAUCCAAAUAGAAUUUUCUCUUGGAUGCAACACUUUGCUUUUGAAAUUUUUAAGAACAAUUUUGUGUUGGAUAUAGGUCUAAGUUGAUGGUUUACCAAGUUAACUCUUUGUAAUAUCUUUCUUUUUCCCCUUAUUGGUCCUGUUCAUCAUACAUGCUGUUGACAGAACAUUGGCAUUUGAAUAUGUCAAAAGAUUGAUGUUUUUAGCAUUUAACUCUUCAGUAUUUUUUUAGUAUUAAUCAAAUUGUGUAACAUUAAAUGCUGUCUAUGCCAUAUAAUUGGAAGAAUCAGUAUUACGUUGUUCUGUAGUCCUUGAGUCCAGGGAUCUCUUUGUUGGUAAAACAAGGAAGCAAAUGGGGCUAGAUCCUCAUGUUGUCCAAAAUUAAAGUUGAGUGCUUGUGGAUGGCUUGUAUACAUACUUGGGAAAACAAUUAAACUUGAGAGUUUGUGAGCAGCUAAACAUGAUUUAGCUCAAAGAUUGUGAUGGUGUGGAUUAUAUUACAUUGUAUAAUUCAAAAUUAUUGCUGAAUAUAUCAUUUUUUUUUAAUAGAAAGAGAUUACUUGUUCAAACAAUUUCCAGAAACUCCAUCCACAGUUAAUUUUGCCUCAUAAACUCCAGAAAUGAUUCCUACCACAUCCUUUUAUCAUUUGCUUAGCUUAUGAGCCGUUUCUUUCCCAAUCCUACCCAUACGGUUCACCUUAUAAUAGCUGUGAAAUCUUUGAACUUCUUUGAAUGUCAGUUCACCACAUAGUCACCAUUGCAUCCUCAGCUUUUGAUCAUUAUUGAGGAUCAACACGUUAACGUGUUAAGUAAGCCAACAAGUUUUUUUUCUAUGCAGAAAACUCCCUGCUAUGGUGAGAAAACGAGGAAAAUCAUAGCGGGGCUGGCCAACAUGUUAGUAGUGGAGUGAUCUCACAAUCACAAUCUUAAAUGUGCUUGAAAAGUCAAGCACACCUUUAGAGAAAACCCACCCCUUUUUCCAGCUCCUCCUAAAUAUCCAUUCCAGUUUUCAGUCAAUGUUUCGGAAAGAUCCGCGGCUACAUUAUCAUCGAAAGUUCUAAGUUGCCCAAACUCCAAAUCGGCCAACAAGAUCGUGUUCCUCAACUUAUCUUUAGUUCUUCAUGAUCAGCCUACAAUGAAAAUUCUAUUCUUGAUUUCAUGCCUUUCCUUGAUACCUCUAUGCUCACUUUUCCUCGAAGUCUGUACGUCAGUGGUGUCUGGCCAAUGUCUUGGUGAUGAGCAAUCCUCGUUGCUUCAGUUGAAGAACAAGCUUGUGUUUGACGGUGCCUUGUCGGCAAAAUUGGUACAUUGGAAUGAUAGUGCCGAUUGCUGUUCGUGGGAAGGCGUAACCUGCAGCGAGGGUCGUGUUAUUGGUCUGGACCUCAGCAAUGAAUCCAUCUCUGGUGUGCUUGACAAUUCUAGCAGCCUUUUCAAUCUUCAGCAUCUCCAAGAGCUAAACUUGGCCUAUAACGAGUUUGAUUCUUCCCAGAUUCCAUCCCAGUUUACAAAGCUCAGCAAUUUGACCUACUUGAAUCUGUCAACUGCAGGCUUUGCUGGGCAGAUUCCGCUCGAGAUUUCACACCUCAAAAGGUUGGCUACUCUUGAUUUAUCCAUCCUUUCUUACCGGAGUACUUAUUUGCUUAUGCUUGAGAACCCAAAUCUAUCUACGUUAGUUCAGAAUCUUUCGGGGCUUAGGGAACUUCAUCUUGAUGGGGUAAUUAUCUCAUCAAAAGGGUAUGAGUGGUGUCAGGCCCUAUCAUCUUCACUGCCACGUCUAAGAGUGUUGAGCAUGUCAAAAUGUUAUCUUUCUGGGCCUUUUGAUCCAUCCUUGCAGAAUCUCCAGUCCCUCUCAGUUAUUAAUCUGGCUCAUAACCAGUUUUUUGUUCCAGUUCCGGAAUUUUUUGCAGACUGCAAAAACUUGACAUCCUUGAGUUUCACCUCAAGCAAUUUGAAUGGGAAGUUUCCAGAAAAGAUCUUUCAAAUUCCAACACUGCAAAGGCUUCAAUUAUCAGGUAAUCCGAUGCUACAAGGUUCUUUAUCAGAAUUUCCUCGUAAUGGAAAUCUUCGAACCCUAGUACUAGGGGGUACUUGUUUUUCAGGGACAUUGCCGGAUUCUAUUGGUAACCUAAAAAUGUUGACCACAGUUGAUUUGAAUAGUUGCAAUUUUAGUGGAUCAAUCCCAAAGUCAAUGGCAACCCUCACACAGUUGGUAUUUUUGGAUAUGUCAUACAACAAUUUCACAGGACCAAUUCCAUCAUUCAGUAUGGCCAAGAGAUUGACAGAAAUUUACCUUACCCAUAAUGAUUUAACAGGUAAGAUUACUUCCACUCAAUGGAAAGAACUUCUGAAUUUGAAAAAUCUUGACUUGAGAUACAAUUCGCUUGAAGGUGGUCUUCCGAUUUCUCUGUUUUCCCUUCCGUUAUUGCUGGAAUUACAACUUUCCAACAACCGAUUUUCUGGCCAACUUGACGAGUUCCCCAAUAUUUCUUCUCACCCACUAUACAUCCUUGAUUUGUCCAACAACAACUUGGAAGGGCCAAUACCGAUGUCUAUUUUUGAACUCCGGGGCCUUAAGGUCCUCUACCUUUCUUCUAACAACUUUAAUGGGUCAAUGCAGCUUGAUUCCAUCCAACAAUUGAAAAGCCUUUCAAAUCUUGAUCUUUCAUUCAAUAACUUGUUGAUUGAACACAAUGGAAUCAAUUCUUUGGUAUCCCUAUUUCCUCAAAUCAGCACAUUGAAACUUUCUUCUAACAUUUUGAAAACAUUUCCUGAUUUCUUGAGGAGCCAAUCUUUAUUAUUGGAACUAGACCUUUCCCAUAAUCAGAUCCAAGGAGAGGUACCCAGUUGGAUCUGGAAACUUCCUAAUCUAGCUCGCUUGAAUCUCUCUUUUAACUACCUAGUAUCUCUAGAGGGACCGUUCCUCAGUUGUCCAACUUUAAAUAUGCUAGACCUUCGUUCCAACCGUCUCCAUGGCCAAUUCCCGGUUUUUCUCCCCAAUGUUGUGUACUUGGAUUUGUCAAGGAAUAAUUUCAACUCUUCCAUACAAAAAAGCAUUGAGAACUUGCCCAAUACCACUAAUUUCUUCUCCCUUUCAAGCAACAAAUUCAAUGGGAGUAUUCCUGUUUCAAUAUGCAAUGUUACAUAUCUUCAAGUUUUAGAUUUGUCAAACAAUUCCUUCAAUGGAAGAAUUCCCCGGUGCUUGAUUGAAAUGAGUGAGAUGCUAGGAGUGCUAAAUCUGGGGAGAAACAACCUCAUUGGCACAAUUUCUGAUGCAUUUUCGAGCAAUUGUCAUUUACAAACUCUAGCUCUCAAUGAAAACCAACUAGAAGGGGAGUUGCCAAAAUCUCUAGCCAAUUGCACAAUGCUGAAAGUCUUGCAUAUUGGGAACAACCACAUCGAAGACAACUUCCCUUGUUAUUUGAAGAACAGUUUCAGUUUGCGUGUCCUUGUUUUGCGAUCAAACAAGUUUUAUGGGUCCAUUGGUUGCCUGGGGCCGAAUGCCACUUGGCCGGACCUUCAAAUUCUGGAUCUAGCUUUCAACAAAUUCAGUGGAAAACUAUCAAAAAGUUCCUUCACUGCAUGGAAGACAAUGAUAGCUGGUGACGAUGAGGAACAGACAAAGCUGAAUUAUCUUCAAUUUGACUUUUAUGGAUUAGGUCCUCAUCAUUAUUACCAAGAUACUUUAAAGAUUGUCAGCAAGGGUCUUGAGCAACAGUUCGUGAAGAUCCCAACAAUCCUCAAUUGUAUUGACUUUUCAUACAACAAUCUCAUUGGGCCUAUUCCUGAAGAAUUAUGAGAACUCAAAUUGUUAAAUGUUCUCAACUUGUCAAAUAAUGUCUUCACUGGCCUAAUCCCAUCAUCUUUGGGAAAGUUGAGCCAUCUUGAGUCACUAGACCUGUCAAGCAAUGAGCUUACAGGGGAGAUCCCUUUGCAACUCGUAGAUGGUCUUAUUUUUCUGUCAGUCCUCAACCUUUCAUUCAACCAACUGUUUGGAAGAAUUCCACUGAUCAAGCAAUUUGCUACAUUUUCGGAAACUUCCUAUGAAGGGAAUCAACGAUUAUGUGGCUUCCCUUUGAAAGAAAAAUGCGAGCCAAUACCUCUACCUCCAACAUUUGGAGAAACUCCAUCCGAUUCAAGGAUUGUGAUUAAUUGGAACUAUCUAAGUAUUGAAUUGGGAUACGUUUUCGGCUUUGGGAUUUUCAUUGGGCCGCUUAUGUUUUGGAAGAGGUGGAGGAUAUGGUAUUUCAUAAAAGUUGAUGGCAUUCUUUUCAAGAUCUUUCCCAAACUGUAUCUUGGAAGAAAAAUCCAGCAUAGACCAACACAAAGAAAUCGGGGACAGAGACGUCGACAAUCCUUUUGAGGAGCAAUACAACCAGGAUACAAUAGUGACCCCUAGCCCUGUCAUGGGAUACAAUAGUGACCUCUGGCUCUGUCACAGGAUACAAUAUUGACCUCUGAUCUUAUCAUGAGAUAUAAUAGUGACCUCUAGCCUUGUCAUGGGAAGUUAUAAUGACCUCUAGCCCUGCCAUGGGAUAUAAUAGUGGUCUCUGCUUUGAGUGCAAUUGCUUUGGUAACACGAUGAUUUUUGUUCUGCUUGGCUUUUCGCAUAAUGCACAACCCUACCGCGUAGGUUAAACAUGGUCUCUAUUCUGAUAUGAUGCUCUGAUAUGAUAUGAUAAGAUGAAAAUGUUUAGUCAUGUUGUGUCAAAGGCAUCUUUAAAUAUAAAAGUUGGUUUUUGUAUAUGAAUAGUUUGAAGUGUUACUCUGAUUUUCUGAUGAUAAGUAUUUUUGAGAUUUGCAUAUUGAAACUGAAAUGUUUUGUUUUUGCAUUAUAAACUCUGUGAAAAUGCUUAUGUUUACAUACUAAUAUAUGUUUUCUGCUUACUGAGUUGUUAAUAA